UAGCGAGUGGCUUGGAAAACAUGAAGCCAUUUCCGUGUGUCAACUACUUCAUUGAAGCAAAGCUGCAGUCCUGGUGCAGUCUGGCGGAUGUUCUGGUGAAAGCUCUGAAGACUGUCAGGAAACACAUGAUACCUUAUCUCCAGGAACUGCAGGAGGAAGUGUGUGGAAGAAUCAUUGGGCAGUUUACGUUUGAUUCCAUGGGCUUGGCAGAGGUGCAGACAAACCAGGAUACCGAUCAAGCUCUCACUUUUCCUGUUUCCUGGUUCAGAAGCUUAAUCAGUGCAGGAUAUAGCAUGUUCCAUUCUUUACUCAGCCCUCUAUGAGAAUCUGCACACACUGGUCAGGAAUGAUGACCCCCAUGUCAGUGUAUCUGAGAACCAGGAACUCACUAAUCUUGAAUCGGUAUCAAGGAUUAUAGAAUACAGUGAACUGGCGCACAAUGCAAUGUAUAAGUAUAGUGAUUUGGGACACGAUGGAAGCAAUAGUAAUAUUUUAUUUAUUUUAUUUUGUAAAUAUAUUCUGACCAUAUAGUGCAUGUUCCAUUCUCCAGCUUGGGACUGUUUGAGAAUGCGCAAGACUUGA